AUGCCUUCAAGGAGGAGUAACAAUGACAGAGAUUUAGCGCCAAAAAAGCAUAACAAGGCAUGGUAUCAUGAUAAGAACACAUCCUCCGAGAACGAGGCCAUUGAAAGUAGUAUGGAUGCUGAUUAUACUAAUGGAGACUCGGUCUCCGAAAGGUCCGUCGAUGGGGAAUGCGAUACUUUUGAUAAAACUCCAUCGCCAAAGAAAAUAUUGGACUUGAAAGACGAAAACUACUUUGGCUUUGCAUCUACUCCUUUACAUCCAAAUCACGCUGUUUCGUUUCUUUCUCCUAUAAGAAGACUAAAUGAUUUGCAUUUGCAGUCUCAGACUAUUGAGGAAUUGACUUCAAAUGAAGAAGAGGAUUUCGAAGCAUGUCAAGACGAUAAGGAGAAGAAGGAAGAAGAAGAAGAAGAAGAAGAAGAAGAGGAGGAGGAGGAGGAGGAGGAGGAUCAUGAAUACGCAAUAGGAAACAAGACAAUUUCCAAUAACUCUGACGAGUCCGAUAACGAACAAUUUCCAACGUCGCCGCCUAAAUAUAUCAAUGUUAAAAAGAGACUACAUCUGAAUUUCGAAUCUUCUCGAAUAGCUACACCACUAAUGAGCAAUAAUGACAUCACUAUGAAACUGGCUACUUGCCAGUCCGCAUCCGAAGGCAUAUCUGGAUCAACUUCAAAACUAAGCUUCUCACCAAAUGAUUCAACACCGUGUCCACCACAACCCAAACGAAAAAAGCUCAAAUUCAAACAAACAUCGACUAAAACCAUACUUGAUUUAAACUAUGCUAGAAAGACAUCUUUGCAGGAUCUACCACCAAGACCUAUUUUGCCAAACUCACAAGAUGAGGAAAUUGAUGAGAAAUACGAAUCGAAUUUGUUUGAAAGGCGAGAUAUGGAAUCAACACCAAUAUCUCAAUCAACUCCUUCAUCGCUGAGAUCAUCAACUCCCCCUCCGCCUCCUCUUCCGCCACUAGCGGAGUACGGUCCGCCUAUCAAUGGAUACAAAUUUGUCAAACCGAAAACAAGAGUAUCUUAUUUCAAGUAUGAAACGCCGAGAAAAUCGGAUCGAUAUAAACAGUUAAAGGACUCUUAUAAUAGUCGAAAUUAUCAAAUAAUUGGAGAACUAUCAGUCACAUCGGCAGGAUUGAUGAAUGAAAAAGAAGAGGAUGUUCACAUUGGGGAUAAGAGAAUUGUCGAUUCUUCUUAUUCAAAUUCAUUUAAUACUAAUAAUCAAGUGGAGGAAAUACGACACGAAUACCACAGUAAAUUGAAAUUACCGUUGGUUCCACCAUAUUUCUAUCAGGAAAACCUCAAAGACGAACAACUACUACAGCUUCUCAACCAAGCUGCUGUUGAAGAAUUUUAUGAUAUAAUUGUAGAAGGAUCCAUGCUUGAACUAUUGAAACAAGAACGAUUCAAAUGGCAUCCGGAUAAAUGGGUUGGCAAAUCUAAAAACGGGAAUGCCACAGGAUUAUCCCUAAAGGUUAUUGAACAAUUAAGUCAAAUAAUCAAUGUAUUGAUUGAAACGUAUAAUGACACAUAA